UCCUCCAAUGAAAGUCGAGAUUGUUUCAAGAGAAACAAUCAAACCAUCCUCCCCCACUCCCCCUCACCUCAAGAUUUCCAAGAUUUCUUUUCUUGAUCAACAAUUUAUUGUAGAAUACUCUCCUGUGGUUUACUUCUACCCUGCAAAUGGUGACAACGAUGCUGAUGAACUUGCAGAGCGUCUUAAGACAUCUCUGUCGAAAACUCUCACCCUAUACUACCCAUUCGCAGGAAGAUUGAGAGAUCGCAUCUCCAUUGAAUGUAAUGAUGAGGGUGUUGAGUUUGUGAAAGCUCGAGUGCUCAAUUGUGCUUUAUCAGACGUUAUUCAACAACCUGACAGCAAACAACUACAAAAUCUACUCCCUAUCGACAUCGAGUCUAAGGCAGCUGCCACUGAGAGUUUACUAGUUGUUCAAGCCAACUUCUUUAAAUGUGGUGGCAUGGCCAUCGCAGUAUGCAUUUCGCACAGGGUUGCUGAUGGAGUCUCUUUUUUCACAUUUGUCAACAGCUGGGCCUCCAUGGCUCGCAAGUCUGCACAAGACAAAGUAAUGCAUCCACAAUUUUCUGUUGGACCUUCUCUUUUUCCUCCUCUGGAUUCUUCACUCCCAACCUUAGAGUUUCCUAGAGGCAAGUGCAUGAUGAAGAGGUUUGUUUUCAAUGGUUCUAGCAUUGAUGCACUUAGAGUUAAAACUGCUAGUGUAAGCGUGCAAAGACCUUCCAAGGCAGAAGCAGUGACAGCAUUACUUUGGAAGUGUGCAAUAGCAGCAUCGGCUUCAAAUCCGAGCGUAUCUUUCUGCCACCGUGCGGUGAACUUACGAAGAAGGUUUUCACCCCAUUUGUCAGACUACGCAGUUGGCAACCUUUUAGCCUCAGUUGCUACAAAGAUAAACAUAGAGAAAGGAAGAGAUGUGAACUUGAAAACUCUACUUUGUCAACUAAGGAAACCAAUGCAAGAAUUUAGCAUCAAAGAAGGUCAAAAUCCUCUGGGCGAACAGAACAAAGAGACGGGCAGAGAGGAAAAUGUGCACAAUUUCCCCUGCAGUACUUUAUGUGGAAUGCCAAUUUAUGAAGCGGAUUUUGGGUGGGGAAAGCCAAUAUGGGUGAACGUUCUUAAACUGUUGUUUCCUAACAUUGCUUUCAUACAAGAUACGAGGAAUGGGGAUGGAAUUGAAGCCUUGGUGUCGCUAGGUGAAGAAGAGAUGGCCAUUUUCGAACGUAACAAAGAAUUGCUUGCAUUCGCUACUUCGGAUACUAAUAGUCUUCAACAGGUAAACAGCAGCUGGAACACAGAUGUGUUUUCAAGACUAUAGAUUCUUCUAAGCCCUUGUUAUUGUCAAGGAGACUCGGAUUGGGGUUUGGCGUGUUUUUUUUUGCAUCAGUAGGUAUGGAAGUUUACCGAUCAGUUGUCCAGUGGACAGCUGGAUGGGUUCCACCUCUACGCUUAUGUUUCUUAUGGUCUUUGGAGUCCAGAGUUUGUUGUUGUCCUGU